GCCAUGAUUGACGUCACACGCGGACCGGAAGCCGUCGGGAAAUCUGCAGGAAGUUCUCUUUGUUGAUCAUUCGGUGUUUUUCCGGCCUCUUAUGUACAACUAAGAAUUAAGAGUUGUGUCUGUUAUCUGUUUUGAUCAUUUUGUUUAAUUCUGUCACGUUAAUAACAGAGACGUCACUUGUGGUGUACUAGAGAGUUUAAUAUAGAAAUCACUGUCGUAGCUGUAGUUGGGCCCGACGUUGGGCUAACGUUAGCCUAGCAUUCACUGGAGUCCUGCUAGCUAACGUUAGCUUGGGUUAGUUGUCACUCCAUUUAGGUUAAAAAAGAAGCUGUUCACUCACUUAACUCCAUAAAAAUAACAUUUAAAACUAACAAAUUAAACCAUGGCAGUUGUCAACGAAGCUGCGCUGAAGAAAAUGCUGAAGCAAUACAAAUACAGAGAUCUGACAGUUCGUGAGAUAACCAAUGUCAUCUCCCAGUACAAAGACUUGAAGCCGGUUAUGGAUGCUUAUGUUUUUAAUGAUGGCUCCACAAGAGACCUGAUGAGCUUGACGGGAACCGUCCCAGUGAGCUACAGAGGUAAUAUCUACAACAUCCCAGUGUGUUUGUGGUUGCUGGACACAUAUCCCUACAACCCCCCCAUAUGUUUUGUCAAACCUACCAGUGCCAUGAUGAUCAAAACUGGCAAGCACAUUGAUGCCAACGGCAAGAUCUACCUGCCUUACCUACAUGAGUGGAAGCAUCCUCAGUCAGACUUGUAUGGUCUGAUUCAGGUGAUGAUUGUGGUCUUUGGAGAAGAGCCUCCUGUGUUUUCUCGCCCCACCACACAAGCCCCCUACCAAGCCUUCCAAGCAGCUGGACCCCCUAACCCUUCUUACAUGCCUGGUAUGCCUGCGGUGUCUCCAUAUGGCCCAAAUCCUAGCGCAGGAGGCUAUCCAGGAUACCAGUACCAAGGGGGCAACUCUUAUCCAGCCACUGCUGGCCCUGCACACUACCCUGCCCAGCCUCCAGUUUCAACAGUGGGCCCGAGCAGAGAUGGCACCAUUGGCGAAGACACCAUCCGUGCAUCUCUGAUUUCAGCAGUAAGUGACAAGCUUCGCUGGAGGAUGAAGGAGGAGAUGGACCGGGCUCAGGCUGAGCUGGACGCUUUGAAGCGAACGGAGGAGGACCUGAAGAAAGGACAUCAAAAACUAGAGGACAUGAUUUCAAGACUGGACCAGGAAGUGACUGAGGUUGACAGGAACAUUGAGCUGCUGAAGAGAAAGGAUGAGGAACUGAGUGAGGCCUUGGAGAAGAUGGAGAACCAGUCUGAGAACAAUGACAUAGAUGAUGUCAUUGUGCCCACCGCUCCGCUGUACAAACAGAUCCUGAACCUGUAUGCUGAGGAGAAUGCAAUCGAGGACACUAUCUUCUACCUGGGAGAGGCCCUUCGUAGGGGUGUCAUAGACCUGGAAGUUUUCCUCAAGCAUGUACGCCUUUUGUCCAGGAAGCAGUUCCAGCUUCGGGCCCUCAUGCAAAAAGCCCGCAAGACUGCUGGCCUUAGUGAUCUUUACUGACCCACACUGACUAAAUGGAAAAAUAAUUCUGUCUUCAUGUUCUCUUUCUCUGUUUUAUUCCCUUUUAUUGUCUUCUAAUAUUUCAAAGCCUUUUUAAAAUUCUCUAUAAAAUCUUUGUAAGACAGAAAUCUGAACAGCAACAUUUAUGAAGAAUUGGACAGUCUUGUUUAGUACAAACUGUGGCCACAGUUGUGUAGUAUGACACCAUUUGAAUCUGACCAAAUACUUCUUUGAUAUCAUUAUGCAUUAACAGUCAUGACCCAGAUGUGACACCAUUACUUUUGUGCCCCAGUAUGAUGUAAAAACUAGUGUCACCACACUGUGAACCAUGUAUUAACCUGCUUAACACACUUGACAUAUUUGUUAAAAGUAAAGUCCAGGCCUAAUCUGGUUACAGCGUGUGUGAAACUUGCCCUUAGUGUUUGUGGUGUGACUGGGUUGGUAUACAGCAAGUUUGUGUCCAUAUCUAUAUGUUCCAUGGCACAGUAGCCUACAGGUUCUGACAGCAGUUUCUGUGCCAGCCAGUCAUGUGUCUAGUAAGCAUGAAUUGUUGGGGGCUAGCAGAGAGGCGCUUUGUAACGACCAUUAUGUCCACCCCCUCAUAAUGAAAAGGUUACUCUCCGAUAUAAAUACCCAGGGCAGCCUUUCAGCAAGGACAGGGGUUCAGCCUCAGGAUUUAAUACUGUUGGGGGUCUGGGUCAUGGUCAGCAGCCAUAAGGGGGGGCACUUUUCUUACCACAGAGGUGAUGAACUGUUUCUUCACCAUCUUCUUUGGUUCUGUUUAUCAGUAGAAUCUUCAGCUCCUAUGCCACCUGCCCAAACUCUGAUGUUUUUCCCUGUUCUGUGUGUGUGUCUCUUCUCAGUGGUGUGAGUGGGGUUCUUUCACUGUCAGCUGCUCAGUUCUACCUUUUCAGUUUGACUGCAUUGACCAGAAGCAGAAGGCAGUUUUGACAUGCUUCAUUCUAAGGUAUUACAAGGGAAGUUCUUCAUGUCUUUAGAUUUUCUUGUGCUGCCCAUUCAUUCUCAGUCCAGCUGAGAAAUUUGUUUUCAGUAAGAAGUUAUGAAUAAAGCUCAAGUGUCAGGGUUUAUAGAGAACUGUUGUACUAAUCAGAAAAGUUAACUUAUGUAAAGAUUGCAAAUGUUUCAGUUAAAUUAGCCUUUUACUAAAUGCACUUUGAAUUGUAAAAAAUGUUUCCUUCUUUCCAAUUCAGCCAUAGACCACAUGUUCUUUUUAUCUGUAGAUUUAUGUAAAGCAGUACAAAUAAAACAUCCGAUUUAAUGGUU